GUGAGGUGGCCACUUCAAGGAGCAAGCCAAAGAUAAACACGUAGCCAGACGUGGAGGGCGACGAUAAUAAAUGUCACGAAAAGGCCGCUGAGACAUGACAGAAAUGGAAUAGCUAGUACGAAUACUGAUAUUUAAGUAGCUCGGGAAACACUCAGCAAAACAGCCAAGGAGCCAGUCUUCCGCAGACAAAGCGACAUCGAGUCGUAUCUGUAGCUGAGUCCAUAAUGGUGCGAGCAGCCUUGGUGACCGCCACCAGUCUGGCGUUGACUGGGGCCGUAGUGGCACAUGCCUACUUCCUCAAACACCAGUUCUACCCAACUGUGGUCUACCUCACCAAGAGCAGCCCCAGCAUGGCAGUGUUGUACAUUCAGGCCUUUGUGCUGGUGUUCUUGCUGGGAAAGUUCAUGAGGAAGGUCUUCUUUGGACAGCUGAGAGCUGCAGAAAUGGAGCACCUGAUCGAGCGCUCCUGGUACGCAGUGACUGAGACGUGUCUGGCCUUCACCGUGUUCAGAGAUGAUUUCUCCCCUCGCUUUGUCGCCCUCUUCACAUUGCUGCUCUUCCUUAAGUGCUUCCACUGGCUAGCCGAAGACCGUGUGGACUUUAUGGAAAGGAGUCCAAACAUAUCCUGGGUGUUUCACUUCAGGGUGCUGUCUCUGAUGGCACUGCUGGGUGUCUUGGACUUCCUGUUUGUCAACCAUGCCUGUCACAGUAUCAUCACUCGAGGAGCCUCGGUCCAGCUGGUUUUUGGAUUUGAGUAUGCCAUCCUGCUGACCAUGGUGCUGACAACCUUCAUCAAGUAUCUGCUUCAUACUAUUGACCUGCAGAGCGACAACCCCUGGGACAACAAGGCCGUCUACAUGCUCUACACUGAGCUUUUCACUGGUUUCAUUAAAGUGCUCCUGUACAUGGCCUUCAUGACCAUCAUGAUAAAGGUCCACACCUUCCCCCUGUUUGCCAUUCGCCCCAUGUACCUGGCUAUGAGGCAGUUCAAGAAAGCUGUAACAGACGCGAUAAUGUCCCGACGGGCCAUCCGCAACAUGAACACACUUUACCCAGAUGCUACCCCUGAAGAUCUGCAAGCAUCCGAUAACGUCUGUAUCAUCUGUCGUGAGGAAAUGGUCACUGGAGCCAAGAAACUACCCUGUAAUCACAUUUUCCACUCCAGCUGCCUGCGCUCCUGGUUCCAGAGGCAGCAGACAUGUCCCACCUGUCGGAUGGAUGUCCUCCGAGCAUCUAACACCAAUCAGACUCCAGCCCCGCCCCAGGCCCCGCCCCCUGCCCCAGCAGCUCCUGCGAAUGCCCCUGCAGCCCCACCUGCCAAUGUGGCUCCAGGCAUGUUACCUGGCUUCCCUCCUGGCAUGUUCCCCUUCUGGGGUCCCUUCCCUGGUGUGCCUCCUCCUGCCGCAGCAGCUGCAGCCCCGGGUGCUACUGAUGCUCCACAGAGUAGUACAGAGGCUGCACAGGGAACCAGCACCAGCCAGCCCACUUCAUCUGCUCCAGAUGCCACCACAGGAGCCGCUGCUCCAGGGGCAGCCAUCCCAGGCUUCCCCUUCUCCUUCCCUCCUCCUCCCUUCCCUGCAGCACCAUGGCUGCCUAUGCCACCACCACCACCCUUCUUGUCGUCAAUGCCUCCCCCUCCUCCGUCUCUGUCCAGGCUGUCGGAGGAGGAGCUGAGGGAGCUGGAGGCAGAGGGCCGGCGGGGCCUGGAGGCCAGGCUCCAGUGUCUCCACAACAUCCACACCCUGCUGGACGCUGCCAUGCUUAACAUCCACCACUACCUCAGCACUGUCACCACACUCACUCCUCCUCGAGCUGAAGCCAGCAGUGGAGAGGCUGGUGGGACGUCCGAUUCUGCAUCGUCCCCUCAGACUGGCAGCAGUGCCGAAAGCCCCAGCCAGGACAACGAUGCACAAAGCUCUGAGCCAGUCAGUGGAGCAACGGGUUUCUCCCAGCCAGCCGACUCCACCACUGCUGCCUUGGAAGCUGAAAGAGAAGAAAAGACAGACGAAGGAGAGGAGGAUGGAGAGCCAAACGCUGCUGAGUUGAGGCGCCGCCGCCUUCGCAAGCUGGAGACAUCCUCAUCAUCAUCAUCGUCAUUGCCCCCACCUGACAACUGAUCCACAUCCACUCACUCAGACAUAUCGCUCUGGACCAAUGGAGAUGACUAAUGAGUCGAUAGAUUUUUGUUUUGGUUCUUUUCCUCUUUUCCCCGUGGCUCUGUUGCCUCCAGCAGGCUCAGGUUUCUGUGUUGAGUCGGACUCUUCCUGCCAGCUGAAAACGUUCAUGGCAGUGAUCCUUAACGGUUUCAAGACUGUUCUUUGUCAGAGAGCAAUAGUAAGAUAUUUUUUUCGAUUGCAUUUUUUUUUUUCUUAAAACAGAAUGAAUGACUACUGCGACAAGUGUGCCACCGGUGUUUUCUAAGGCUAAUGAGAUGGAAGGAAGAAUUGCCAUUUCAAAUCCAAAUCUAAUUUGUUUCUCCACAUGAAAUGGACAACAUUCAGGUUUGUGUUUUAGGUUACAUCGCCAACAUAUAGUCUGCACUUUGAUCAUGGAUUAAUACCGCAGUCAGUUGACUGUUGGCUUUCCCUUCACUGUUAAGUUGGCCUCACACUCUUCAGACUUUAUUCUAUGUUACAGAGGACACAGAUCUGUCAGAUCCAGUGAAUGCAAAUUUAGGGAAUUCUGGUUAAAGUUGCAGAGUGGCAACGAUCAACUUGUUGGCUUUUGCUGUUCAGUUUUCCUCCAUUCACUCUUAUUCUGUUGUUCAAGAUCUUGCCACUGCAGAUGUUGUAACAUAAAAAUGAUUUAUUUGAAGCUGUAUAUAUUGUAUAAAAAAUUUUAAUAGGAUGAUCUGUACAUAAUGCAGAAUAAACUGUUUGAAUGAAAUGGCA